AUGCUCAAACGCAAAAUCAACUACAAUGAGCCUUACGAUCGCCACGAUAGACCUAUAACAUUGUUGGACUUACAUGCUCUGGACGGUACUUUAUUUCACAUUUUUCGCCUCGCAGUGUGGAGUCCAGUCAUGACUGGUGGGUUUAUAGUUGAUACGAAGUUCUGGUCAAUGGCUGAGCGACUGCUGAGGCAUGCCAACGAUGUUGGGACUUAUUGCAGCCUUGUACUUGGAUUCCCGACGUCUUUUUACAAGAUGAUCCUCUGCAUGGUGCAAUAUGCCCGUGAACCGGGCUAUAAAAGUGAUACGACUUUUGCGGCUUUGGAAAUCGAGCUUAGCCUUUACAAGGUUGCUCUCAAAGACGAGAUCAAAGGAAUCCCCCCGGUGGAUGCAAAGCUCGGCAUCCACAGUAAUCGAGUUUCGGUGGUUUGCGCAUAUCGGCUGUGUAUUCUCGUUGCCACACUCAUUCCAAUCAAUCCUCUAAUUUCUAAUCAAGAUCGGACCUCUGGCAACUUAUCUAAUCAUGAGGCUAGGUGCACAGUCCGAAAAGCCGUUGCAUUGCUGUGUGAAGCGCGUCUUGAUCCGGAAUGGCAUCGGUGCUAUCUUGGCUGUUGGCCCGUUUUCAUGCUCGGCUUUUGCGUUUCUGGUAUUGAAGAUGUCGAAGUCAUCAGGCAGGACUUCGAAACCAGGCUUUUGGUGUCCUCGUUGCAAGAAUAUCAACGUAUGCUGAAUGCCUUGGAAAGCUUUUGGGCACGGUUUCAGAUCCCGGAAUCCAAACGUCUUCUUUCAGGCAAGAAAGUGGGUUUGAUUGAUGUAUAG